AUGACAAAAGUGCAGAGUGCUGUUUCUUCCACAGGUGUUCGUGACAGUGCCUCAGCAUCCAUCCUCGAGUCUCUCAUAGAACUUGGAAAGAAACUCUGCAAACGAGUGCCAGGUUUACCAGCAACAUCCGAAAGCAAGAUCACAGCAGCGCUUGAAAAGGAGUUUGAUGAAUUAUUACGAGGUACCACACUCAAUGAUGCAAUGAAUCCGUUGUUUGGGAUGAACAGGAUCAACAUCCACUUGGAUAUGCUGACUGAAAUUCUCCAUACAGUAUUGUUGGGUGUGGUGAAGUAUUUUUGGGGUCAGAGCGUGUUUAUCCUGGAGAAAGCCAAGCUGCUGCACAUUUUUCAGAGCUGCCUUGAGUGGCUUAAUAGACUGGUCCUCAAUGGGUGGUCCGUUAUCGGGGAACUUGUCGUGCUCAUUUGGCACACGACAAUACCAGAUACUGAAGAAUAUCUCGCAAGAUUAUCCAGAACGAUCGAGGACUUCCUCAAUACAACAGUGCAAUGUGCUCCAAGCAUUCUCAUCAGCAAGCGGAAAUUUCACUUCCUGAUUCAUCUUCCGGCAUUCAUAUGUCAUUUCGGACCUGCAAUCAUAUUCUCCACUGAGAGAUAUGAAUCAUUCAAUCACGUUUUCCGACUGUCGUGCAUUCACAGCAAUCAACGUGCGCCCAGCAGGGACACUUGUCGACUCUUCGCAUACCAGGACAUCGUGAAACACGUUGCCACUGGUGGAUGUUGGUACGAUCGCAAUGUUAAGAGAUGGGUUCGUGGAGGAGAGCAGGUGCUAUGUUAUCUCAAUGAACACCGAGAACAGGCCCACCUUCUCGGUAUCUCAAGUAUCUUGUGUGAGCCUCCACUGCCUGGCACUGGAAGUCCUGAUACUGCUGUUGGCGUUAAUGGAAAGGCACAAUGA